AAAUGCGUUUCUAACAUCUCUACCAAAAUCUUGAAGAAAUUAAGUCAUUUUUCAAGAGCAAAUUCAGUCAUUUCCUUCGCCCCUGCGAACAGUGUUGGCUUUCUAUAAAACGACGAAGGCAAUUAGAAUGUAAUUUUUUCUAGUAUGAAUUUGCCCCAAGUAUCGAUAUUAUUCUAGGGGGAAGGGAGCAGGAGAAGUAAUAUUUUGGAAAUAUGAAAAUAUUCAAAAAACGAGAAAUUCUAAGAUACUGAUGAAAGUUCAAAAGAUAUAUUGAUGAUAAUCACAAAACUGAAAAAGAAGGAGUAAAAUGAUUAAAAUCAAGCCAAGAAACAAAAAAACUGUCAAUUUAAAUUGGAAGUUGGCAAUCGAUUAAGCACAAAGCACUAAUUGUUUUGUGUUCAGGUCUUAUCUCUCGAGGUCAUUGCUGCUUAUUUUAAACAUAAGGCAUUCGCUACAGAUUUUCAUCUUCCAUGUAUAAUAGCAAUCUUUGUAGAUCAUUGAGAUUUGAGACAAAUCUUUAUAACGGUUGCCUCAGGGAUUUUUGGAUCUGAGGUGUGUACAGUCGUUGUUACAGGAAUACAAUUACAUUGUAUACGCAAAACUAAUUUUUUUAAACGUUAGGAACCAAGCUAUUAUACAUACAAGUUUAUCAAAAAAAUUGCUUCCAACAGUGUAAUAUGCUUGAAAAAUAAAUUGUUACUAAAGAACAACUGUUUUGUGCAAACAAUCUUUUUGUUAUACAAAAUUUAAAAUGGCUUUGAACAAAGCAACCAUUUUCGAUCCACAACUGGGUAUGUAUAUUUCCUAACGCAGUGUUUUGAUCUAAGUUCUGACGUUUUAUACUUUAAAGAAAAGCUUAAGUAUGAAUAAAAAAGUUUAAUUUUUUCAAAGCUAAUAAUAACUGUUUUGAAAUCAUAUGCUUUUUGAAUGAAUGUCCUAAAACGUGCUGUUCAGCUUACAUCAUGUUCUCAAGAAAAUUAAAUUAAAGAAACGUAAAUACGCAUCAUUUUGUAAAUUCUCCUAAUACUUAAACUAAGACCUUAAAGAAGGUUGAAACUUUAGCAAUUACUCUAAAAUAUAUAUUGAUGAAAAAGAUCACUGUUGAGUUGAGGCAAUUACACUUCUUUGCUUGUUUAUUGUAUAUCAAAUGCAACAUUCUAUGGAAUUUCUAGGUUAUGAUAUCAUGAGAACUAUUUUUAGAAUCGUUUGAUUUAAAAAGCGCAUAUUGAAUACCUCUAAAUGUAAACAAUCAAUUGCAUGUGUUAUACUUUGCUUUAGAUACCGUUUCUCCGUCAAAUCAUUAUAGUUAGGUUUGGGUUCUAAAAGCUAUGCAUCAGGCCGAAACAUCCGCAAUCCAUUAGCAAUAUUUCUCAAUCAAUUUUUUCAUUGCUAUAUUAUAGUCAAUUUUCAAUCGCUUUAACUGUUUUUGCAAUUUUAGAGGUAUUUUGUUGUAUUUUUCAAGUUAAAAGUACAAGUAAUUUAAAAAAUAUAUCUAUUACGACCUAAUUAUGAGCUCUGUUGGAAAAUUCUCAUCUUCUUGUAAACUAUGGUUGCUUGUAACAAGGCAUAUUCAAGCUAGAGGAUUCAGAACACUGGAGAGAAGAAUAUUGCAUGCUCUUCUAGUAAAAUCUGUUCUACGUCAUUAGUAAUAUGUAAUCGAUGUAAAACUGGUCUGGAUUCAGCUCGGAUGUGACUCACCGGUUACAAGGUCGAAAUUGAUACGUAUAGAAUAGGUAUCGGCGAUCUCAACGAAUAAGCAACAGUUUGCCUGAUUUCUGGUGUUGAAGAUAUAAUUACCAAGUAAUGAUGCAUGUGAUUCGAAUAAAGAGUGCCACAUGUCGGCAUUGUAAUAUACCAGUGCACUUGAAUACCACCCAGUCGUGCCUGGCCGACAAUAUCUACCCAUUGCUGACCUGUUAACUGUGGUAUUUGUUUAUUGAAAUAAAUCAAAGUAAACAGAAAACAAAUUUAGUGUACGCUAUAUAAGUACGAAAUCAAGUUUCUGACAAUAUGGGAACAGCAUCUGGCCUAUUUCUCGUUCUGAGUCAUGCCAUUUUGCUGGUCAACAGCCUUUCCACGGAAACGCCAGAGCAAACUGGAAAUUUGCUUGGAAAAAAGGUGGAUGAAGAAAAACAACGAUUCAAUUAUCACGAUGACGUUCUUGAGGUACUUAACCCCAAGAUGAUCAGGAAGUACCUAAAAUUCCUAACGAGUAUGCCAUCAACCGCCGGUUUGAAAGAAGCGAAAAUUCAAGCUGAAUGGACCAAAAAGAUGUGGCAAGACUUUGGAUUUGACAAAGUGAAGAGAUACGAUUAUGAUGUGCUCUUAUCUCUUCCAAAGAAACCUGGAACAAUUUCUUUGUAUGACAAAGAGGGGGACAGAGUGAAAAAAUUCGAAAUAGACAGAGAGCCUCUUUUAAACGGAGAUCCAAAGGACCCAAGAACUGUUUUGCCUUUUAAUGCAUAUUCACCAGGGGGGACAGUUGAGGGUCCAUUGGUCUAUGUCAAUUAUGGCCGCGAAGAGGACUAUGGCCUACUUGAGAAAAUGGGUAUAAGUGUAAGCGGAGCUAUUGUAAUCAUGCGGUAUUCGAAAGUCUCACGAUCCUCCAAGGUGGAAAGAGCUCAACAGCGAGGUGCUCUCGGUGCGAUCCUGUAUUCGGACCCUGUUGACUGGAGUCCGUUCAAGGCGUUUUACCCUAAAGGUUGGGAAUUGCCCGGAACCGGAUUGCAGAUCGGAACUAUCAUUAGGUAUCAAGGGGAUGUCUUGUCAGAAGAGUAUCCCUCUAAAGAGGGCUACUUCCGUAUGAACGUUUCAAAAGCGACGGUUUUGCCAAAGAUCCCCUCGCAACCAAUUCCUUUCAACUAUGCAAAAAAGAUUCUUGGGGAAAUGGAUGGGGUUGCUGCCCCUAAAGAAUGGCAAGGAUCAUUUGACUUCAAAUACAACAUAAACGGAACAAAGAGAGUAAGACUAAGUGUUCACACAAAACUUGUAACAAAACCAGUUUUCAAUGUAUGCGGAAAAAUUUAUGGAAAUGUUGAGCCUGACCGUCUGGUCAUUCUGGGAAAUCACAGGGAUUCAUGGAAUUUCGGUGCUGCUGAUGCCACAAGCGGUAGCGCUGCACUGAUGGAAAUUGGAAGGGCCUUUGGUGAUUUGCUGAAAAGAGGUUGGCGGCCACGAAGAACCAUCAUGCUUUGCAGUUGGGAUGCUGAAGAAUACGGUCUGAUGGGAUCAUGGGAGUGGGUAGAGGAUCACGCGAAAAUGAUCAAAGAAAGAGCAAUUGCCUAUCUGAACGUAGAUAUUGCUGUUGAAGGAAAUUACACUGUACGAUUCAAAACCACACCUCAAAUGGAAGAUGCCUUUUUUGACGUCACCAAACAGCUUCCUGCACCAGACAGUGAACUUGACUUGUAUGCAGACUGGACAAAGAAACUUCCAAGUUUUACUAAUCCUUCCGAACCCAACGUCACGGUUGUACAGACUGGAAGUGACUACAAGCCAUUCAUGCAAAUGCUGGGAGUGCCAUGCUUGGAUAUUCGAUACCUCUAUGAUAAGGUAAAAAUGACAGCCGACCAAUAUUCUUCCUACCAUUCCAUUCACGAUAACUUCCAUUUGAUGUCAACUUGGAUCGAUCCAGACUUCAAGUACCAUUUGGCAGUGGCAAGAAUGUGGGCAAAAAUGGCCUUAAAGCUAGCUGAUGCGACAGUUGUACCUUUCAAUCUCCACCGUUAUGCAAAAAAAAUUUUAGGAUUUGCUAAAUUUUUCAAGAAGUCACACGCAUCAAUUACGGAUCCCCAUGGAAUCAGUUUUGAUCUUCUUAUAAAAAAAGUCAAGCAGCUUGUUAGUGCCACAAAGGACUUCCACAAACGUCUUGAUAACCUGGAUACCUCAGAUGCUAUGAAACUUCGAAUUUACAACGACCAGCUGAUGAACUUUGAGAGAAUGUUUCUGCAUGAUCCUGGUCACCAUGGAAACAAACAUGUCAGACACAUGAUUCUUGGAACAACUGCCUUCUAUAUUGUUGGUAGCAACAAAUUUCCAGGCUUGAAAGAAUCAAUUUACAGGGCAUACAAAGGGAUUGACCCUGAUUGGGAUGGUGUCAACAUCCAGUUGUCCAUACUGAUGUCAAAGAUAGACCAGGCUGUUCGUCAUGUCCAGGAUGUCACAAAAGUUUAACGCUUGUAUUUAAACGGCUCGUGUGGUGUUAUCGCUUAAAAAAGUUUCUGGAGGCUGAGCAAGAAAAUCAUUUGUCUUGAAUCUUUGGUUGUUUUGAAAAGACCUAUAUAAACAAAGACCUGGUCCGGUAGAAAAGUUUACAGCAUGCUUUGUUAGCAGUCAAUGUUUUGAAGUUUGAAGCAAAGGACAUGUUGAAAAAUGUUCAGGAUUAUUUAUUUUAUGAUAGCCAAACACCUCCAGACCAUUCUUUCAAAUUUAUCAGUAAGAUGAGGUUUCUGAAUACAACAACUCCUAUUGACUCUAUUCAAAACGCUAUCUUGUUGUGCUUUUUUUAAAGAUUUAUUGAAAUUACGAAAUUUUUGCUAUAACAUUAUUUUAUGAGAAUACAGCUUGUAAGAAAACCGAUAUUCGAUUUGAUAUAUUUAAUUCGACAAACAG